AAAAGCAAAUAACAAAAAUAGAUAUCGAAAACAUCUGACCGCAUAUCGAUAUCUCAAGGUUGGCAAAAUUUCAUAGCAAUACUUAAAAUGUAUUCUAAUUUUAGUUAACGGAUUAGAGUGAGAACAUAAGUUGUUCGAAAAUGUCAGUGGUGUCCAAUCAAAUCAAUCAGUUUUAUGAAGGCUGCGGUCAGGAGGGACCGAUCCGGUGCAUUCUGUUGAGCGAAUUCCACGCAACGGCUGGCUCUAAAAUUAGUUGCCAAGUACCAGACAAUUACAUUUCGAAGGAAGUUUUCGAUUCCAUACGGUUCUUCAUCAUUCCCAAGCCGCAACUUCAACGUUGCACAUUGACGGUCAAUGCCCUCGGCCACAAAGUCAUCGGCUAUCCUGUGCGAAUCGAUCACCAGCGAUAUCCUCGAAAUGCUUUCUAUUUCAACCUUUGUUUCGUUUGCGACAGUUGGGCUCGAUCUGUCCAGUACGAAGCAGUGGUCAAGAAACUGUCCGAGUACCUUCUCAUGAUGGAAGAAGAAACGGCAUUUCUAUCUAAUCCGGAUAAUAAUGAUCGAAUUCAAAACUUACUCACCAACAUAUUGCGAGAUUUGAACGAAAAACAGGUGGCCACAAUUGUCGAAGGAGAGACUACAAUUUAUUUGAAGAUUGUUAAACUACGACCGGAUCCUCCACCUGUUCAGGACUACCAGGUCCCACUGAUAUGCAAAGGAUUUGAGAACAUUGCUCUCGAGUCUUGGGAUCUGACCACUCAGCAAGUGAUUCCGUUCAUAAAUGGUAUCAAGCACGUAGCUCGGAUAGCAGCCGAAGCAGAUGUCGAAAAUCAGUUGGUCAAAUCCUGCAUUCAGAAUCUGGUCUAUUAUGGAGUCGUUCAGCUGCUACCUCUCUUGAAAUAUAGCAAUGUUUAUAUGUGCACCCGAAAUCUUCAAAUCCUAAGCAAGGAUCGCAAGUUUGCCGAAGAUUGCCGACGUUACGUAGUGCUGGAAUCGGAAAAGGAACCAAUUCGGCUUCCAUCGCUUCACAAGAUUCUGCAGCUUUACUCGCAGAUGACCCACGGUGUUACGCUGAGGGCACUCUGCCAGCGGCUCUGUCCCCGGGACAACGAAAUCGACGAACGGAAAUUGGUUACAUUCGGGUUGCAACAUGGGUUGGUGCGAUGCAUCAACAAAUAUCCUAUCUUCACCGGGUCCUGUCCGAGCGCACGCCACAAACUGUACAAUGGACUCAACAGUUUGGAUGAGAUUUGUUGUAAAACUGGGCUGUGCCCUAGCCGCAUCGAGGAGGACAUCGAUGUGGAUUCAAAUGUUACCGUUAUUUGGAAGUGAAUGUUGAGGAAAAUGUUUGUGCUUGCUUUGGAAUAUUUGUUGCUUUUAAUAAAUUGAUUUAGG